AUGCCUAAGAACAGCAAGGUCGUAAAAAGAGAAAUAGAUGAUGAUGUCAUUGAGUCAGUUAAAGAUCUCCUAUCCAAUGAAGACUCUGUUGAAGAUGCUUUCAAGAAGAGUGAGCUGUCUGUUGAUGAUCAGGAUAAAGAUGUGGACAUAGAAGAGGGAUCUGAUGUAGAAGAUGAGAGACCAGCUUGGAAUAGCAAACUUCAGUAUAUUCUGGCACAAGUUGGAUUUUCUGUAGGGUUGGGGAAUGUGUGGCGAUUCCCAUAUCUGUGUCAAAAAAAUGGUGGAGGUGCCUAUCUUGUGCCAUAUUUAAUUUUGCUGCUGGUCAUAGGGAUACCACUCUUUUUCCUGGAGCUUUCUGUGGGCCAGAGAAUCCGUCGGGGAAGCAUUGGAGUAUGGAAUUAUAUCAGCCCCAAACUUGGUGGAAUUGGAUUUGCAAGCUGUGUAGUGUGCUAUUUUGUGGCUCUUUACUACAAUGUCAUCAUUGGUUGGAGUUUAUUUUACUUUUCUCAGUCCUUUCAGCACCCAUUACCUUGGGACCAGUGUCCUUUGGUGAAAAAUUCUUCUCAUCCCUUUGUGGAGCCAGAGUGUGAAAAAAGCUCAGCUACCACCUAUUACUGGUACCGAGAAGCACUCAAUAUUUCUAACUCUAUCUCAGAGAGUGGAGGUUUGAACUGGAAAAUGACUAUCUGCUUAUUGGCUGCCUGGGUGAUGGUGUGCCUAGCAAUGAUCAAAGGAAUCCAGUCUUCAGGAAAGAUCAUGUAUUUUAGCUCCCUUUUCCCUUAUGUGGUACUUAUAUGCUUUCUAAUCAGAGGGCUGCUCUUAAAUGGUUCACUGGAUGGCAUUCGUCACAUGUUUACCCCCAAGCUUGAAAUAAUGCUGGAGCCCAAGGUCUGGAGAGAAGCUGCUGCUCAGGUGUUCUUUGCCUUAGGGCUUGGAUUUGGUGGAGUCAUUGCCUUUUCAAGCUAUAACAAGAGAGACAACAACUGCCAUUUCGAUGCUGUUCUGGUGUCCUUCAUCAAUUUUUUCACUUCUGUGCUGGCAACUUUGGUGGUGUUUGCUGUUCUGGGCUUCAAAGCAAAUAUCAUAAAUGAGAAAUGCAUUAUCCAGAAUUCUGAAAAGAUUGUCAAACUUCUGGAAGUCGGCAAUGUUAGCUGGGCUGUGAUACCUCCUCAUAUUAAUUUUGUUAACAUCACAGCAGAAGAUUAUAAUUUGGCUUAUGAUAUGAUAAAGAAAGUCAAAGAAGGAGAGUUUUCUGCUCUUGGUCUGAAACCCUGCUUAAUUGAAGAGGAGCUUGACAAGGCUAUUCAAGGAACUGGAUUGGCUUUCAUUGCCUUUACAGAAGCUAUGACACACUUCCCUGCUUCUCCAUUCUGGUCAGUGAUGUUCUUUCUCAUGCUGGUCAAUUUGGGGCUUGGAAGCAUGUUUGGAACCAUUGAGGGGAUCACUACACCUAUAGUAGAUACCUUCAAAGUGAGAAAAGAAAUUUUGACUGUUGUGUGCUGUCUUCUAGCAUUUUGUAUUGGCCUAAUAUUUGUGCAGCGGUCUGGUAACUACUUUGUAACUAUGUUUGAUGACUACUCAGCUACAUUGCCACUGUUAAUUGUCGUCAUUUUGGAGAAUAUUGCCGUGUCUUAUGUUUAUGGGAUUGACAAGUUUAUGGAAGACCUAAAAGAUAUGCUUGGUUUUUCUCCAAACCCAUACUAUUAUUACAUGUGGAAAUAUAUUUCUCCUGUUGUCUUGCUAUCUCUGUUGGUAGCUAGCAUUGUCCAAAUGAUAUUAAGCCCCCCUGGUUACAGUGCAUGGAUUGAGAAUAAGGCUACUGAGGAAUUCCAGAGCUAUCCAAAAUGGGGGCUGAUUGUGUGUAUAUCCCUGAUUGUUUUCGCUUUGCUCCCUGUUCCAAUAGUCUUCCUGAUUCGCCGCUUCAACCUUAUUGAUGAUAGCUCUGGUAGCUUAGCAGCUGUUUCCUACAAAAGAGGGCGAAUCAUAAAGGAGCCUGUGAAUCUUGAGGGAGACGAUACCAGUCUGAUUCAUGGCAAGAGUCCAAGUGAGGUGCCAUCUCCAAGUUUUGGUAAAAAAAUAUACCGAAAACAGACUGGUUCUCCAACUAUGGAUACUGCUCCUAACGGUCGCUAUGGUAUUGGUUAUAUAAUGACAAACAUGUCAGACAUGCCAGAGUCUGAUUUGUAGCUGCAAAUCAAAGCUGAUGUCUCUCAUACUGAACCACUGAACAUUUGUUCUCUGAAGAGAAGCGGACAGCUUCACUUACUAGAGUGCAAUCUCAGGU